AGAUCAGUAGUUAUAUAUACGUGGAUUCGUGCAAACAAACCAUCUCAAUCCCAUCUCCAUCAACUCCUUCACUUAACUGAACUCUCAGUUCCUCCUGUAUUCUCGUUUAGGACGUUUCUCUGUAAUUUUCCCCCAAUCCGUGUGUCGGGCGGCCGCGUCACGAUGGGAAUGAUCCGAAUCGGUGCGACGAGGAAAAAACAGAGUCCGGUUUUGGUGGUUGGAAUACUAGUGCUUGCUCUGUUUUUGGAGGCGGCAGAUGCAGAGUACCGGCGUUACAGAGAUCCAACGAAACCGAUGGGGGGCCGGAUCAGGGACUUGAUGGGGCGGAUGACAUUGCAGGAAAAGAUCGGCCAGAUGGUUCAGAUUGAUCGCAAAGUCGCUUCAGCUGACGUCGUGAAAAACUACUUCAUCGGAAGUAUAUUGAGCGGAGGAGGAAGCGUCCCGGGCCAGAAAGCUUCGCCGGAGGAAUGGAUCAAGAUGGUCAACGAGUACCAAAGCGGCGCCAUGUCGACCAGGCUAGGGAUUCCGUUGAUUUACGGGAUCGACGCCGUUCAUGGUCACAACAAUGUGUACAAUGCCACCAUUUUCCCUCACAACAUCGGCCUCGGAGCUACCAGGUGACUGAGUGAUCAGUUUUCAAUUUCAUCACUCCGAUCCCCCCUUCCUUUUAUUAUUUGUGGCGGCGCGUGAUGAGCUGGAUGAUUGUUUUGGACAGAGAGCCAGCGCUGGUAAAGAAGAUAGGAGCAGCGACGGCGCUGGAAAUGAGAGCCACCGGAAUUCCUUACGCUUUUGCGCCCUGUAUCGCGGUGUGCAGAGAUCCGAGAUGGGGGCGGUGCUACGAGAGCUACAGCGAGGAUUCGGAGAUAGUGAAAGCAAUGACGGAGCUAAUCCCAGGCCUGCAAGGAGAUGUUCCUGCUGACGCCCGCAAGGGAGUCCCUUAUGUUGCUGGAAAGAGGAAAGUGGCAGCGUGCGCAAAGCACUUUGUGGGCGACGGCGGGACGGUGAAGGGGAUCAACGAGAACAACACCAUCAUCGACUGGAACGGCCUGAGAAGGAUCCACAUGCCUGCCUAUUUCGCCUCCAUCGUCAAAGGUGUCUCCACCGUCAUGGUCUCUUACUCCAGUUGGAACGGCGUCCGGAUGCACGCCAACCGUAACCUCGUCACCUCCUACCUCAAGGACACUCUCAAGUUCAGGGGGUUUGUGAUCUCUGACUGGCAAGGAAUCGACAGGCUCACCGACCCGCCACACGCCAACUACACUUACUCCGUAGAAAAAGCAGUUGCUGCUGGACUUGACAUGGUGAUGGUUCCACUAAACUACACGGAGUUCAUCGAUGACCUAACCCUACUGGUGAACAAAGGGGUGAUACCGAUGAGCCGGAUCGACGACGCCGUACGGAGAAUCCUGAGAGUUAAGUUCGUGUUGGGCCUGUUUGACAACCCAAUGGCUGACGAUAGCAUGGUCAAUGAGCUUGGCAAGCAAGAGCAUAGAGAACUGGCGAGAGAAGCAGUGAGGAAAUCGCUUGUGCUGUUGAAGAACGGCAAAGACGGUAGAACGACAAUCCUGACAGCCAUAAAAGCCGCAGUCGACCCGACCACCAAAGUCACGUACGAGGAAGCCCCAACAGCAGACUACGUGAAGGCCAACGACUUCUCCUACGCCAUUGUGGUAGUGGGAGAGCAUCCCUAUGUGGAAACGGGAGGAGACAACCUCAACCUGACCAUACCGGAUCCCGGCCCAGCCACCAUUCGGAAUGUCUGCGGAUCGGUGAAAUGCGUCGUCGUUUUGAUCUCCGGCCGUCCGCUGGUGAUCGAGCCGUACGUUGACUCCAUGGAGGGCCUCGUGGCGGCUUGGCUCCCCGGCACCGAAGGUCCCAGGUGUCGGAGCAAGGAGAUGGUGGCGGCUCUUGAGAGAGGUGUCGGCGGGCUUCGCAUUUGGGAUCCAGGGUUGUUUGUUUGUGCAGAGGUUUGUUUGGAGAUGCGGUCGGAUACAGGCUUUCGGUGCAAGAAUCGAACAAAAAAUGAGUCCGAGCGGGCGACUUUUCAAGGUCCUCAUCCCAGCGGCAGGAAGAUCGAAAGGCUGGCAGGUGUUAUCGCCCUCGUCCAAGAGUUCUAUCAUGACGAGCAUCAACUGCGUGUCGAUAUGUUUGAGACUUUGGGGUCAGCGACUGAUCUGCCUGAGGCCCCGCUACAUCCAAAUCUUAAUACUCUGCGAAAAUCUUAUGCAGAUGUUGUCAGAGGUGGGGGCUUCUAUGGAGUUGGUAGUUGCUCUAUUGUACAGGAUUCAAGUGGAAUUUUUAUUAGAGUGGGUCAGGAAGGAGUCUCGGAAAGGUCCGGUACGCUGGAGCGUUGCUUGGUUAUCAGGUUUCAAUCGGUUGGCCACGAAGUUUUCUCGAGGGACCAGUUGAGCGGUUUCAGGAGAUGGGCAGAGAAGACUUGGGCCAGUGAUUCUAAUUUUGGUUUGGAGGAACUUGACGAUGGUAGAUGGCUGCUAAUCUGCCCAAGCUUACGCGAACUAAUGAGGAUUAAUAGUCUGGCUGGUCAUCAGUUUAAGAACUUCCUUGUCUCAACUUAUUUGUGGAAGGAGAUAGACGAGGGGGCUCCACGGUUGGAUGAUGCUUGUUGGAUGUUGGUCUUCGGAAUCCCUCUGCACCUUAAGAGCGUCAAUCUUAUCAGAACUAUUGGAGAGUUCUGUGGAAAUUUGUUGGAUAUAGAUUGGAAUUCUUGGGCAUCCUCUUGUGUUCGCAUGAAGGUGAUUGCAAAGGGAUCUACAUCAUCUUCAAUCCCCCUGGUUUAUGAAGAUCAAUGGUUCACCGUGGAUGUUAAAGUUUUGCCGGCGUCUCUGUCGGGAGGGAGGCGCGAGUCGGAGCAAGGGAAGAGAGGGGAGAAGUCGAAAGGUCAUGAGGAUUUUCGGGUUUCUCAAAGCACGGGUAGCUCCCAAAGCCAGUUUGUCUCGCGAGUUUCUAUGAGGAAUUUGAAGCGUCGUACUUUGAGGGCGGGUCGCCCAUCUUUAGAGGGAUCUUCGAGCAUGCAUGGGGGCGUACAGGGAGGCUCAAACACUAUUAGGGUUGGAGAUCUCUCAGGACGGGUUAAGAAGGUGUGGGUUAGGAAAUUUGGGCCGCUACUCAGGCCCACCCCUCCAGAGUCGGUCGACAGGUUCGUCGAGCCUGCGUCUAUUUCUGCUGGGCCGGGUUUAAUUAUCUAUAGCAAUGGGUCUGCUUCUGGGCCCAUGCCUGGGAGGAUCUUUUCGGCUUUAUUUUCUAAGAUGAUGCAGCCGUUCUCAGGCAUAUCGGUGGUGUUUCACUGUCCUUCUCCAGGUGUUAUUCAAAUCUAUUUUGAAGAGGAUUCUUCCCCCUCUAGUCGUGUUGAGAUGUUGGAGGGCAGUCAGGGGGCGGCAGAGGGUUCUCCUCCGGAGUCCCUGCGGAAUGUUGCGGAGUCGCUCUCCCCUUUGCAAUCGGACCGUGAGGUUGGGAGCCCCCCUGAUUUUGAUUUCCCCUCCCCGUCUUGUGUUGCUGAUAGUCAGCCUAGGUUUUGGAGUCAAGAUGUUUUUCCCUUUGAUCUGGGCACUUUGGAGUCCAUAAGUGUUGAUUUGGGGGUUAUGUUUUCGUUGGAUGGUGAUGGAGGCCAAGAUGAAGUUGAGCGGGUUAUUAGAAGCCAGGCCAAGGACCUACCCCAGAGAAAG